AUGCUGAAAACCGUCGCGCUGGCUAUGCUGGCCAUUGCCGGCCCGCAGGGCGGCGGCUUCUCUGGCUUCUGGUACUCGGCCAUGGACCACAUCGGGCCACCGCGAGGUUAUGCCCCGAAUCUCGGAGAAGAUGCUGCCAAGUACAACGUCUAUGUCGCUGUUAGACCUGGCGACGGCGCUGGCAUUCAGGAUGCCAUCACCUCUGCGCCCGACGGCCAGCGCAACAAGCAAUGGCUAGCUUCUCAACCUCGCGUUGUGUAUAUUCCUCCUGGAACCUAUGAAAUUAGCAACACUAUUUUCAUGGAAACUGAUACAGUACUUAUGGGAGAUGCUACGGAUCCUCCUGUCAUCAAAGCAGCAAAGGAUUUCAGCGACGAUGUAUUGGUCAAUGGCCAGGAUCCCUCCACCAAGGAAAAGGGCGAAAACUCCUUUGCCAUUAGCUUGAAGAAUUUAAUCUUGGAUACCACGGCUAUCGACGGCGGCAAAGAAUUCACGGCCCUCUACUGGGGAGUUGCACAAGUCUCCCAGCUUCAAAACAUCAAGAUCCAGAUGCCCAGCCCGAGCAAUGGUCAGGGCCAUAGCGGCAUCAGACUCGGCCGGGGUUCCACACUGGCUCUUGCCGAUGUCCGUAUCGAGAAUGGCCAGAAUGGCAUUUGGCAUGACACGCACCAGCAAGCACUGUACAAGAACAUUUACUUUUACAAAAACGAGGUCGGCAUGCUCAUCUCCGGCGGUCAUACCAUCAGCCUGUUGGCACCCGUCUUUGACGGUGUCAAGACUGGCAUCCACAACACGGAGGGAAGCCCCUUUAUUGGUGUUAUCGACGGCAACUCGACCGAAUCCGGCGUCACUUUCAAGUCCUCUGCUACUCCAUCGAUCCUGAUACACAAUCUCCAGACGGACAAAAAGUCGGACAUUGUGGAGCUUUCCGAGGGCACCGAGCUCAAAGCUACCAGCCACGUCGACAACUUUUCGUACGGCAACACCGUCGGCCGCGAUCCAGUCUAUGGGGCGACGACUGGCGCUCACAAGCUUUCGAGUGUCGCGGCGCCCGGCGGCCGCAUUCCUUCCGUCACGGUGCCUAAUUUCGCCAGCAACGCGGUCACGGACUUUAUCAAUAUCAAAGACUCCAAGCAGAAUGGUGGCCACUCUGUCAAGGGCGACGGUACGCUCGACGAGGCAGAGGUGCUCAACAAGAUUCUCGAAUUCGCGGCUGCCAAGAAGAAGAUUGCGUACUUUCCGUAUGGCGACUACCGCGUGGAAUCUACUCUGGUCAUUCCCAUUGGCUCUCAGAUUGUCGGCGAGGCAUGGUCCACAAUCUCGGGCGGCGGCAAAUUCUUCAAGGAUGCUUCUAAACCGAAGCCGGUUGUUCAGGUGGGCAAGGACGGUGACGUUGGUGUUGCGCAGAUUCAAGACAUGCGCUUCACCGUGUCCGAGGUGCUUCCCGGCGCCAUUAUUGUCCAGUUCCGGGCUGCCGGCUCCGCCCCGGGCGACGUUGCGCUCUUCAACUCGCUCAUCACCGUCGGCGGCACCAAAGGCGCUCCCGGCCUCACAGACUCGUGCAAGGACGCCAGCAACCCCUGCCAAGCCGCAUACCUGGGCCUGCACUUUACCAAGUCCUCGUCGGCCUAUGUCGAGAAUGUCUGGAACUGGGUCGCCGACCACAUCACCGAGGACUUUGACGGAGGCUCUAGCAUCGCGGGCAAAGGCGGCGCGCUGGUCGAAUCGACCAAGGGCACGUGGCUGCACGCGCUCGGCAGCGAGCACUGGUGGCUCUACCAGCUCAACCUGCGAUCCGCCGAAAACGUCAUCGUGACGCUGCUGCAGAGCGAGACAAACUAUGAGCAGGGCGACCAUGCCAAGAAGCUCGCGCCGGCUCCCUGGAAGCCCGACGCGCACGGCUGGGGCGACCCGGAUUUCGCGUGGUGCAAGCGCGACGACGCCCGCUGCCGCAUGGGCCUGGCAAACUACAUCCAAGGCGGCGCCGACGUUACGUAUUUUGGUUCCGCGUCGUGGGUGUUUUUCAGCGGCCCGGGCUAUCAAGAGUGCGCGGAGCGCUUUCAGUGCCAAAAGGUGCAGCACUGGAUCGAAAAGACGCCCAAAAACUUGCAGCUGUACGGAAUGUGCACCAAGGAUACGGCGACGGCGCUGCGACUGGGCGAUGGCACGAAUAUUGCCGCAGAGGGCAAAUUUGAAGGCGGCUGGAACCCGGGCGCAAGCAUCGGUCGCUACACAAGCUGA